AUGCAUCUGUUUGAAAAAGGACGGAUUUAUACGUUUAUUGGGGAGGUGGUCGUUUCCAUGAAUCCUUACAAAAACUUGAACAUCUAUGGGCGUGACAUGAUUGAGCAGUACAAAGGAAGGGAACUGUACGAGAGACCUCCUCACCUCUUUGCAAUUGCUGAUGCUGCUUACAAAGCGAUGAAGAGGCGAUCAAAAGACACCUGCAUUGUAAUAUCAGGUGAAAGUGGGGCUGGGAAAACUGAGGCCAGUAAAUAUAUUAUGCAGUACAUAGCAGCCAUUACCAACCCCAGUCAGAGAGCAGAGGUGGAAAGAGUGAAGAACAUACUCCUGAAAUCCAACUGUGUGUUAGAGGCCUUUGGGAAUGCCAAAACAAACCGUAAUGACAAUUCCAGCAGGUUUGGAAAAUAUAUGGAUAUCAACUUUGAUUUUAAAGGAGACCCAAUAGGUGGGCAUAUCAAUAAUUACUUACUAGAAAAGUCUCGUGUGAUUGUGCAACAGCCGGGAGAACGAAGCUUUCAUUCUUUUUACCAGCUGCUCCAGGGGGGUUCGGACCAGAUGUUACGCUCUCUGCAUCUUCAGAAGGAUGCAUCUGCAUACAGCUACAUCUGUCCUGGAGCACAGCUAAAGUGUUCCAUCAGUGAUGGUACAGAGUUCAAAGCAGUAGCUGAUGCCAUGAAAGUGAUAGGCUUCAAGCAAGAGGAGAUUCAGACUGUCUACAGAAUUGUGGCAGCCAUUCUUCACUUGGGGAACUUGAAGUUUUCUGUGGAUGGUGAUACAGCUGUAAUAGAAAAUGGCAAGGUUGUGUCGAUCAUCGCAGACUUGCUGUCAACAAAAUCUGACAUGGUGGAGAAGGCUCUUUUGUUUCGAACGGUAGCGACAGGUCGGGAUGUCAUUGACAAACAACAUACUGAACAAGAAGCCACCUACGGCAGAGAUGCCUUUGCAAAAGCUAUAUACGAGCGGCUCUUUUGUUGGAUUGUGACACACAUCAAUGACGUGAUUGAAGUGAAGAACUACGACACUACAAUACAUGGGAAAAACACAGUCAUUGGCGUCCUGGAUAUCUACGGCUUCGAAAUAUUUGACAAUAACAGUUUUGAGCAAUUUUGUAUUAAUUACUGCAACGAAAAGCUGCAGCAGCUCUUUAUUCAGCUGGUUCUAAAGCAGGAGCAGGAGGAGUACCAGCGAGAGGGAAUUCCCUGGAAGCAUAUCGAUUACUUUAACAACCAGGUCAUCGUCGACCUGGUAGAGCAGCAGCACAAAGGGAUCAUUGCUAUUCUGGACGAUGCCUGCAUGAACGUUGGAAAAGUUACAGACGAGAUGUUCCUCGAGGCUCUGAAUAACAAGUUGGGGAAGCACGCGCAUUUCUCCAGCAGAAAGCUUUGUGCAACUGACAAAACGCUGGAGUUUGACAGAGACUUUCGAAUCAAGCACUACGCUGGAGAUGUGAUUUACUCAGUCACUGGAUUUAUUGACAAAAACAAGGACACUUUAUUUCAAGACUUCAAGCGCCUCAUGUACAACAGCUCUAACCCUGUGUUGAAGAUGAUGUGGCCUGAAGGUAAACUGAGCAUCACUGAGGUAACCAAGAGACCUCUGACAGCUGCUACUCUUUUUAAGAACUCCAUGAUUGCGCUAGUGGACAACCUGGCAUCGAAGGAACCCUAUUACGUCCGUUGCAUUAAGCCCAACGAUAAGAAGUCACCACAGCUUUUUGACGAGGAGCGUUGCAGGCAUCAGGUCGAAUACCUUGGCCUUCUGGAGAACGUGAGAGUCCGCCGAGCAGGCUUUGCCUACCGCCAAACGUACGAGAAGUUUCUUCACAGGUACAAGAUGAUCUCGGAAUUCACCUGGCCAAACCAUGACCUUCCUUCAGACAAAGAUGCUGUGAAGAAGCUCAUAGAGUGCCAUGGAUUUCAGCACGAUGUUGCUUAUGGCAAGACCAAGAUUUUCAUCCGCACGCCUCGAACUCUGUUCACCUUGGAGGAACUGCAUGCCAAGAUGCUUGUGAGGAUUGUCCUCUUCCUGCAGAAGGUUUGGAGGGGCACUUUGGCUCGCCUUCGCUAUAAGAGGACAAAGGCUGCCCUCACGAUACUCAAGUAUUAUCGCCGCUACAAAGUGAAGGCCUACAUCCGUGAGGUUGCGCGACGCUUUCACAACGUGAGGCAAAUGAAGGAUUAUGGCAAGCACGUGCAGUGGCCCACUCCACCGAAAGUACUGCGCCGGUUUGAAGAGGCACUCCAGACCAUUUACCAUAGGUGGAGAGCAGGUGAACUCAUCCGGAGCGUCCCACCAGAAGUCCUACCUCAGCUGAGGGCCAAGGUUGCUGCCAUGGAAGUGCUGAAGGGUCACAGAGCUGAUAUUGGCCUGCAAAGAGCGUGGGAGGGUAAUUACAUCGCACUGCAGCCGGAUAACGCUCAGACCACGGCCUCUUUCAUCCCUGUCGCCAAUGAACUGAAACGGAAAGACAAGUACAUGAACGUUCUCUUCUCCUGCCACGUCCGCAAGGUCAAUCGCUUUAAUAAGGUGGAAGACAGAGCAAUCUUCAUUACUGAUCGACACCUUUACAAGAUGGACCCCAUGAAGCAGUACAAAGUGAUGAAGACCAUCCCCCUCUAUAACUUGAUAGGACUGAGUGUCUCCAAUGGAAAGGACCAGCUCGUGGUCUUCCACACGAAAGACAACAAGGAUCUCAUUGUCUGUCUCUUCAGUAAAGAGCCCUCUAACGACAGCAGGAUUGGAGAGCUGGUGGGAGUCCUGGCAAGUCACUUCAAGAGGGAGAAGCGCGCGCUGCAAGUCAGCGUCACCAACCCGGUCCAGUGCAGCCUGCACGGGCGGAAAUGCACCGUCUCCGUGGAAACCAAGAUCAACCAAUCCCAACCGGAUUUCACCAGGCAUCGUUCCGGUUUCGUCCUCUGCGUGCCGGGGAAUUAG